GGUGGUUUCCCUUGUGCGGAUCCAAGAUAAGGCUGGUGAUGUAUUCAGUUUGCUUAGUAGAUCCAAGGCAUCUAGUAUGGAUAUGAUACUCGCGGACCGGGCGGCAUAUCCAUGCCCCCAAACCUACUGAUCUAUGGCAAGAAGGCGCAGAAGAUCCUUCAAGCUUAUUCAAAUGUUACCUUCAACGAUACCGGUAUCCCGAUAUCCUCCUCAGCCCCGGAGCACAUCCCAGCACAGGAAGCCACCAUAUCCAAGACGACAUCUCCGACCUAAAGCCCAAGUCGCCGCGAACCACGAAGGCACGACACUUGUCCAGUCCUUAUCGAAGAUACGCCCUCCCAACAGAGCAACCUAUAUGAGCACCAUCCAAACGGCCAACAAGCCGUGCGAUCCUACCUCACAGGACGCACAAAACUCGGCGCGAACAUCAAAGCAACAGACCAAAUAGGCAACGGCCCUCUGCCUCAGCAUGACAGUCUCCCCUGGAUC